UGUGUUUGCCAAACUCGAUAGACGGGAAGCCCACAGCUCUCCAACCAGUCAGGUACUUCUUCCGUUUCGGCUUUGACUUAGAGAGAGAGAGAGAGAGAGAGAGAGAGAGAGAGAGAUGGCGACGUCUUCAAGAAGAUCUAGCGGGCCGGUGCUCCCUUUCCGGCGAUCGAUCUCGCCCGGAGGAGGCGGUACUGCCUCCGCCUUCGCCUCCUCCUCCUCCAGCUUCACCGCUCACUCUCCAGCCUCCUUCUUCCACCACCAUCAACACCACCGAUCCGCCUCCCCCACCCGUGUCCACUUCGUCGGCGCUGCUCAUCCCCCAACCCCCUCCGUCCGUCUGUCCUUCGACCGGUCCACCUCCCCUGGCCGCUCCCUAGCCGCCCCCGACAAGCGAUCCGUAGCCCCUGCCGCCGCUCCCGCCCGCCGCACCUGUCUCUGCUCCCCCAGCACGCACCCUGGAUCCUUCCGCUGCAGCCUCCACAAAGGCCUCAACCUGCACCACCACGGCAACGUCGCCGCCGCUUCGCCGUCCAAUAGGCUCAACGCUCGACGGUCCGCUAUGACAAACUCGCUGGUCAGGAUCGGGGCCGUGGAGGGCGAGUGGGUAAAGCGCGCCCUCGCUGCUCUCAUCCGACCCUCCUCCCACCAGCAGCGGCGGCGGGCGGGCUUCCAACCCCGCCCCAGCCGCCUCUCCCGGAUGUCCAAGGCCGACGAUCUCUGAUCCCCGCCUUCCGAUCCACAGAUCUCGUACCAGCAGGGCUAACGUGUUCGUCCGUUCCGUUAUGCUUCCCGUUGGGCGUCGUUUCCGUUGCCGUCGGUGUAAACAGCGUCACCACCGUCGUCCGUCGUAUGCGCGUCCUUUGUUCCGUGAGGACCGGUGGGAAUUUUGACUUGGAAUUUCUCAGAAAAGAACACAGAUGAUUAACAUCAAUAAUAAAUAAAUAAAUAUAUCAAUCAGUUCAGUAUAUUAUUUCCAAAUAAAUAAAUUAAUUGAAAAUUUUGGGGACUAAAAAGCUGCAAGUUGAAACUACGCAAGGAAUCAGAUCUGACCCACUAAAGGAAGAAAGGGGCACUAGGGACAAAAGAGACUGGCCAACUAAAACACUUCCAUCUCGAAUUGAUGUUAGAAUUUUAGCCUCGGAAGGCGCUGGAAGUAAUACAUGCCGAUUGCCGCAGUAAUGGGCCUUCGACUUUGACGGCGUCCGAGGUCGGUUGGAAAUGGUCAAUGUGACCUUCUCGUGGGUCGCACAAGAAGCGGUGGAGAACCACCUCAGGGCCCCUAUGGCCCCAUAUGAGGUUAACAUGACAUCAUCAUUUCUGACUUACCGGUUCUUCGACAUAACAUUUGUGACAACAUACUGCCGACGGAGCUUCGCGGAUCAGAGUGGGUGGAAACAUAUUAGGAGUGACGCGGAGAAGUUGAUUCAGCCGAUCGGAUUGAUUCACUAAUUUUCGAAUCUUUAAAAAAAUAAAAAAAUAAUUAUUUAUUUAAUAAAUAUGAAUUAUUUUUUAAAAAAAUUAUAAAUAUUAAAAAAAAUAAUUCCGAUAUUAUUAUUUUAAAAAUAAAUAUUAUAUAUAUUUUAAUAUAGUUGAAAUAUAUAUUAAUUUUAAAAAAAAUUAUCAACACAAACAUAUCUAAUUUAUACCGAAUGAGUAUCAUGACCAUUUAAGCAUAUCAAUGUAAUCAACAACGACACACAAGAUAUAAAACCUUCGGUUUAGACGGUAGGCAACCUGAACUAGCACUACAAGUGAGAAAAGGAAGAGCUGCUUUAGAAUAAUGUGGCUACCAAGUCAACGUACGCCGCUCUUUUAAGCUUCCCAUGGUCCGUUUGUAUGGUGCUUUUUAUUGUACGGCAAAUAUUACAUAUGGCAAAAGACGUUUUGUACUCUGACAAGCGACUGGGAGUUGUAACUGUCGGAAAUAGUGUGGACUUAUUCAAGAUGGAAAUCUGCCCUUUACUUUUUUCUAGAUUGAGUUUUAAAGAUCAAAUGAAAGAUCACUUUUGUUCAACCUCUAAAUAAUAUCAAUAACAACUCGUAAUAUUGUAA